UCGCUACAGGAAAUUGAGCAAGCAGUCGACCACCUGCCGACCUAGGGCAACUGUAUCCUACCGCGGGAUUGCUGACACCGUUCCGUUCGCAAAACUGCCCAUUGAGAAAUUCUACCGAGGAUAAAAGUUGGACCUACCAUAGAGCUCCCUAGGAAUCCGACGUCUCGCUUAUCGCCCUUAUUCGCGACCCACGAGCAUCCCGCCGACUCGUCAGUCAAGUCCCGACCUCGACCUCCCAUUCAUGAAUACAAUGGACCAACAGUGCCACCCUCGAUCACACCGCGUGUUACUUUGGUUUUGCCGAUGGGCGUUUGAGCAGCAGGGCCUUGAGGAUAGCGAGCAACCUAGUCUGGCCUCAUACCUUCUAAUGGUGACCAGUUUGGAAGGUGAAUUCAAAUGGCUAGGUUGCGCCACGCAAACUAAGGAAAAGGAGAGCUACAUUAGCACUCGGAUGAUAUCUCAGCAUUCUCGAAUAUUUUGCUCACCACUUUCUGAAGGCCAGGAGGUGGAGAUAUCUUUCUCUUUACAUGUCGACGACAAGGAUGAAGGGAUAACGGGGAAAGAAAUAUUCGUGGUGAGGAAAAUGGGGGACAACGACUUCACACUGCGCAAAGAUUUCCUGUCCAAGUCUGUUUAUCCCGACCUUGAAUCACGAGUUGGACUUCGGAUGAUGGCGCUUGCAUUGUCGCAUGCUAUAGUGUCGACAGUAUCGAUCGCGAGAUUUUCGUCCUUCAUGAGUAGUUGUCGUCGUUGGGGGAGAUGUGGUAGACGGCAGGGAAGGUCCCCUUGUACGUUCGUCACGCUUCACCACGGUUAGCAGGAAUGGCAAACUUGAGAUGGAUAGACUCAUCUCCCUCCCUUCUUCCAUGUACUCGUUUGCCGGCGCAGUCGUGGAACGGCCACUCGGGGUGGCCGCACUUAAAGGUAGCCUGCAAGUACACAGCCUAGAUGUGGCGAUCCGGUAGGGCAUCCGUGACGGGAUGAAAACCUCGAAUGAGCUAAGCGGUGCGGUUGACUUGCUUGGCAUCCAGCAAAGAAUUUCGAGUUC